CGUAAUAUUUGUUUAUUUUUAAGAAUAACAAUAACUAGCUGAAUACCAAACAAGAAAAGGGCAUACUUGUCAACCAAGAAACCUUUCUUAUUUCUUAAACGUGUCUGAUCCAAAAUCCUAUAUAAGGCUUCAUCAGUUGAGACAAAUAAUCAUUCAGUUAAUUACUUCUCCAACUCGGCAUCGCAUAGAUAUAAAAUUUGUAUUUUCAACAUAUCUCAUCUUCUAAAGUUUUUCCGUCAAAAAAAUCUUCCAAAAUUUCUCGAGAAAAUUAUAAUGGAAAAAGGGAGCUCGUCGGAGACCUCAUGGGCGGACCAGUGGGACCCCAACCCGGACCCGGUUCAUGACCCGAAGAAGAACGGAGCAUCCGGAUCGGGGGCUAACUACAAGCAGAAGGUUGGGGAAGGGUUCGUGAAAACGAAGGCGGUUGCGUCGAGUGGCGUCAAGAAGGUUAAGGAAGGCACGUCCGUCGGAUUUCAGUGGAUCAAAAGCAAGUACCAAAAGACCACACAAAAGCACUAAUACCAUUUUUUUCUUUAUUUUUUUUAAUUAAAAAACGUUUGUGUGGAUUUUUUGGAUUUUUUAAUUCUUGAUAUACAUCUUGUGUAUGAUAUGAUAUACUUUACGUUAUAAUCAUUUAUUUUUCUAUCAUUACUUGUAUUGUAUUUUAUGUAUUAUAUGAAACUCCUUUCUUCUUUUUCUUA